AUGCUGUUUGGCAAUCUGCAAUUUUUCGCUAUGUGUGGAAGAUCAAUGGAAUUGAAACCACGACAAGUCUAUUUUCCAACUCAACCCAAAUCCAAAUCCGCGCCACUUUUGCGCGCCCAACUUAACAACGAGCCCGCUUCUCGACUCUCCAAAACCGUGCGCUCCGUCGAAAACCAAGAAAAUUACAAAAAGAAAAACAAAGAGAACCAAGAGCACCGGCGCCGGAGAUCUUCCCGAGGGUUUGCGGAGCUUGAUCCUUUCGCCGAUUCCAUCACUUAUCUGUGGCUGAGAAGUUCAUGCUACAUGAGAAUGGCAUCUGACACUCUCUGCGCAAGCUCUCCAAAGGCAAAAGAACUUUGUGGAGAGAAUAGAUUACAUAACCGCGCCAAUCGAGUUGAAUGCCAAAGCAGCCUUUCUUGUUUUAAUGAAUCUCAUGGAAAUUCAGUGCCUGAAAGAACCAAUGGAUCUUCUAGUUUAAAUCAGAAUUUCCGUGAAAGAAAGGUGCCAGGAACUAAAAACCGAUGGGACACGUAAUGAUACACACAUCCACACUGAUGCUGAAUCUGAAAAUA